AUGGCACCUGAGAAUUGGCAUCGCGGGGACUAUCUCGUCUCGACAGACCCGGACCUGCUUCAGGUCGAUGCCGUGAAUGCCGCUCUAGGCUCUGAGAUGGUAUGGUGGGCUGGCGAUCUGCCAGCCGCGGCACUUCAGGAAGCGCUGCACAGUUCACUCUGUUUUGGCCUCUACCAAAAGACACCGAUAGAGACAUCAAAUGGGACAAAGACCUCUUCAACUUCAAAUGGAGUCGAACAGUCUUCGAUCGACAAGACUCCCGCCACUCUGAAGCAGAUCGGGCUCGUGAGAGUCAUCACGGAUAACGUUACGUUCGCUUACCUGACUGAUGUCUAUAUUCUGGACGGGCAUCGGGGUGCCGGUCUUGGGCGCUGGGUACUCGAGAUCUUGAAUGAGAAGCUACGCAGCUGGCCGCAUCUUCGCCGCGUGAUGCUUUUGACGACGGACAAGAUGCAUCUUUUUAGCCGGAACUUGGGUAUGAAAGACUACAGGGAGUUUGAUGGCAUGAAGGGGGUUUCUAUCGCGAUGGUUGAAGGGCCGGGCGCCCAGCAUUGA